AUGGAGGGGCAAGAUAGAAGAGUUGAUGGCAAGAGAUUUGAAGGGGGUUGGCAACCGGUGUUUUAUAGAGGGAGAGCUGUUGGGUCUAGACGAAGGGGGCCAGGUUCGAAGCUGUUUUCCAUUUUUGUUGACAACCUUCCAUAUGAUAUGGAUCCUAAAGGCAUGUUUAUUAUGUUCUCUAAGUUUGGAGUGGUGAAGCAUGUCUACAUAUCAUUUAAGCGCAGCAAAGUGGGAACAAGAUUUGGGUUUGUUCGGUACGAGUGUGUAGUGGCAGCAAAGAUGGCGAUCCAGAAGGCAAAUGGGGUCUGGUGUGGCAAGAAACAACUGAAGGUAAAGUUUGCAGAUUAUGAUAAUGAGAAGGAUCAUCAGAGACGUCUACGAAUGGAAGGUGUAGCAGGGGAGGGCGGUGAACCAAAUGCAUCCAAUGUGCCGGUUCGGAAAGGCUUUGGGGUGAGUCCAUGUAGAGGAACAAAAUCGUACGCAGACAUAGUGAAGGAAGGGGUGGGCGAGGCGGAUAAGCUGCUAAAAGUGGCAGUAACUGACGAAGGCAGUGACUGGUUACAGAGCUGUAUGGUGGUGCGUAUUAAGAGUUUGUCGAUGCUGGGGGAGAUGCAGAGCUUGCUCUGGAACUCCAGUCUACAUGAAAUCCAUUUUCGUUUUGGGGGUGGGAAUUUAAUUCUAUUAAAUUUUCCAACCGUAGAGCUUUUACACCAGAAGUUUAGUUUGGUGGCAGACCUCAUUCAAGAUCUCUGCGAUGGUAUAAGAUUAUGGGAUGAAGAUUUGCCGAUGGUGACUUCUAGGCUAGUUUGGUUACACUGUUACGGUAUUCCUUUCCAUGCAUGGAACACUAGCACACUUCACAGUAUUGGAUCUUUAUGGGGGGACAUCCUCAGAGUGGAAGACAACCUUGCGGGAUCAAAAACACUGAACUGUGGCAAGGUAUUGGUUCAUACUAGGGCCUUGGAAGCAAUUAACUCAUCGGUAGAGGUUGAGUGUAACAGGAGAAUUUACAAGGUCUCGGUGGGGGAAGGAAGUUAG